AAAACGAAGAACCAUAAGUUUUGGUAGAGGGUCCCCUCAACUUCUUUGUAUUUGUACUUAUCUCUUUCAAGAUGAUGUUUUUUGGUGGAGGGCCCCCUCAGCUUCUCUGUGCACUAGUAAUUUUAUUGCAUACAGGAAGUGUUGUUGGAUUCAAUUCAACAGCCGGAGCCACUGAGGUUGGGUGCAUGGAGAGGGAAAGACGAGCACUUCUCAUGUUUAAACAAAGUCUGGUUAAUAAGCAUGGUGUGCUUUCCACAUGGGGAAGUGAGGAAUGGAGAAAGGAUUGUUGCAGCUGGACAGGAGUCAAAUGUAGCAACAGAACUGGGCACGUAACUUGGCUUGAUCUCUAUAAUAAAUCUUUAUAUGGUAAGCUAAGUCCUUCUCUGUUUGAAUUACAGCAUUUAACUCAUUUGGACCUCGGUGGGAAUUAUUUUGGUUCUAGCCACAUUCCAGAGUCAAUUAGUUCACUUAAGCGAUUAAAGUAUCUUGACCUUUCUGGUACUAUUUUAAGUGGAUCUCUUCCUAGUUUGUUAGGAAACCUCACAAGUUUGCGUUUCCUUGAUCUAAGUUUUAAUGGAUUUCGCAAUGUUGAAAAUCUUGAGUGGCUUUCUCAUCUUUCUUCUUUGAAAUACCUUGAUCUGAGUGAAACCAACCUUAGUAAGGUUAAUAACUGGCUGCAGGUGGUUAAUAAGCUUCCUCUUAUAACCAACCUAAAGCUUAGUCAUUGUAGUCUUUUAGGUGUGGUUCCUCAACCCCUCCCCAUGGUCAAUACUUCUACUUCUCUUGCUGUCCUUGACUUAUCGGAUAAUUACUUGACUGCUUCCAUGUUCCAGUGGCUUUUCAACUUUAGCAAUGGCCUUGUCCAUCUCAACCUAUCUAGAAAUCAGUUACAAGGUUUGAUUCCAGAAGCUUUUGGUAACAUGAUUUUCCUAGAACAACUAAAUCUCAGGGGUAAUCAAUUUGAAGGUGGGAUUCAAAAAUCCUUUGGGAAUAUGUGCAAAUUAAGGCUUCUAGAGCUGUCCUCUAACAAUCUCAAAGCAAUGCUUCCUGACUUCUUUGGUAACUUAUCCGGAUGUCUAGACCUUGCCUUGGAGACUUUGUACAUGGACAACAACAGAUUCGUGGGACCCUUGCCUGAUGCAAUUAGAAACUUUUCGUCAUUGAAGGUGUUAUCUCUUUCAAACAAUACCCUAAACGGGACUGUAUCCAACAGCAUUGGACUCUUGUCCAAGCUUGAGGAAUUAGAUAUCAGUGAAAAUUCUUUUAAUGGGGUGAUCACUGAGGCACAUUUUUUAAAGCUCUCCAAGUUAAAAAUGUUGAAAAUGUCUUCUAAUUUUCUGGCUUUCAAUAGUAGCCUUGACUGGAUUCCUCCUUUCCAAUUGGAUGAAAUAUUUCUCCGUUCUUGCAAGUUAGGUCCAAAAUUUCCAAAAUGGUUACACACUCAAAGAGACUUCUUGUCUCUUGAUAUCUCGAGUAACAGAAUUUCAGAUAGCAUUCCCAAUUGGUUUUGGGACUUAUCUUCUAGAGCAGAUUCUGUAGAUAUUUCUUCCAACUGCAUUUAUGGAAUUCUGCCAGAUUUGUCAAUGAAGUUUUCUGGUCAUCCAGGGAUAGAUUUGAGUCAAAAUAAGUUGGGGGGUCCAUUGCCACUAUUCCCUGCUAAUACCUUGUGGAUAUCACUCUCCAGCAAUGAGUUUUCUGGGAAUAUUUCUUCUCUUUGUUCUGUAACUGGUAAGACCCUUAAGGUCCUUGAUCUUUCAUUCAAUCAACUAUCUGGAGAGCUUCCUGACUGUGUGGUGAGUUGGUCACAUUUAGUGAUUUUGAAUUUGGCUCACAAUCAUUUUUUUGGGAAAAUUUCAAGCUCCAUUGGAUCUCUUAAUUGGCUUGAAGCGUUUUCUUUGCGCAACAACAACUUCUCUGGCGAAAUGCCUUGGUCUUUAGGAGACUGCACUUCCUUGGAAUUUUUGGACUUGAGUCAUAAUAAUUUCUCGGGACUUGUACCAGACUGGAUUGGAGGAAGAUUGGCUGAUCUAAAUUACCUUCUCUUGGGAUCCAAUAAUUUCCAUGGAGAUAUCCCCUUACAGCUAUGCCAAUUGACCAAAAUUGUGCUGCUGGACUUCUCUAGCAACAAUCUCUCUGGAAACAUACCAUGGUGCAUUCAUAACAUGACUGCCUUAACCAAAAAGGAGAAUUCAGUCAAUAAUUAUUUAUAUUUACAUGGAUUUAUCAAUGGGGAUAUCUUUAUUGGAUAUGCUCAUGUUAAUAAAGCGUUCAUUAUGUGGAAAGGAACAGAAUACGAGUUUGCAAAAAAUCUCAUGAGUCUGAGGCUCAUUGAUCUUUCAAGCAACAAUUUGACUGGAGAAAUUCCACGGCAAAUAUGUAGUCUCAUUGCACUGGUGCAAUUGAAUUUAUCAAGAAAUCAAUUGACAGGAAGGAUUCCAGCAGGUAUAGGACAGAUGAGAAGCUUAGAAUCACUUGAUCUGUCACGAAACCAGCUUUCAGGUCAUCUUCCUUCAAGCAUGUCCCAAUUAAGUUUUCUCAAUACCUUGAACUUGUCAAAUAACAACUUUUAUGGGAGAAUUCCGUUUGGCACCCAAUUGCAGAGCUUUCCUGCUUAUGCAUUUGCUGGUAAUUCUGCACUAUGUGGGCCUCCGCUAACACCAACAUGCCCGGGAGAUGUGAAACCUUUGGCUGGUGGUGGUAGAGAUAUCCAAGAUGAUGGGGACGAAUUCUGGAAAGGGUUUAAACCCAGCAUGGAACUCGGAAUGGCUUUUGGGUUUUUGGUAGUUCUGGCUUUAAAGUUGGAUCAUCCAUGGAAACAUGUCUAUAUCCUGCUGUUCAACUACAUGAAAAUUCCCCUUAGCAACUUGAAGGACUACCUCUGUUUGAUUGUGGUAGCACUUUGUUUGAUCGUAACGGUGAAUGCUACCAGAUUGCGUAGAAAGUUGAAGUUUUAAGAUCCAUCACUCUUUCUCUGUGGUGUGGAGAAGUGGGUAUGUAUCAUGUUUGUUUAUGCUAUCUUGUUGAUUAAGAGCAUUACUUCAUUGAAUAACAAAUCCACCUCUGAUUGUUGUUUUCCAGGUUCAAAAUGUUUGUUAAGGCUUCAGCCUUCAAGGACUCAACUUCUCGGGUGACAUGAAAUGUCACCGUGUCUUUUCAACCCUCACAGGAUUCCACGUGGCUUCCUUUCUACGUUGUGUUUUUUUUUUUUUUGGUGUUUCAAUAUAUGUGCUCUGUUAUGUUGUGUUCUGAAACUCUGAAUGGAUGGUUUAUGUCUUGUGUUGUAUAAGCUUUCAUCCACUCGUGUUGGAUGGCUUGUUUUGUUUUCCUUGAGUGCAAUAUUUCAAUAAAAACAGCUAUGCAAA